UAAUUCGCUAGUCAUUCUCGUUUCGGUUUAGUGAUCAUAAAUACAAAGUUGAAAAUGAAAUUUACCAUAGUUGCGUUGAUAUUGGGCUUAAUGCUGAUCAUUGAUCUACAGGCUGCAGAGGGGGCUUACAGAAAUGAUGUGUGCAGUCAACCUUUGGUAAUUGGAAAUUGUUUUGCUGCCUUUCAACGCUUUGGCUUCGAUGCAUCGAGGGGUCAAUGUGUCCAAUUCCUUUACGGAGGCUGUGGAGCAAAUGCCAAUAAUUUCGAGACUUAUCAACAAUGCCAGGCUACAUGUGGCCGAGCAUAUUAAGAAGUUCAUUAUUGAAUGUAUUCACAUUGUAUUAGAGGAACAUGAUAAAUGUUAUUUUUAAUUGAAAUAAUAAAUAAAUAAGUUUUAAAAUAA